AUGAGCAAUUCCGAUGGUGAGGCCCGUGUCGUGCAGAUCUACCAAAGGGUGUCCCAGGAUGCUGCCGCCAAUUGCCCGCUGCAGGUUGCUGCUGGGGACACGGCCGGGGCAGUGGUCUCCAACGCUGUGGCCAUUCUGGGGCUGGAUGAAAGCAUCCAGUAUAGCCUGUUGGAGGUGAGGACGAGCAGCGACGAGGAGCAGCGACUACAGGUUGAUGACUUCCCCCUGGUGAGGGUCAUGUUGUGGCCCCCGGAGGCCCAGAAAUGGCACCCAGAGAGCCUCGGGUACUACUUCGCCCUGGAAGAGGCAGAAAAGCCCGAGGAAGAGUACAAUGAUCUUUGCAACCUACCUGCCGUAACGGAAGACGCUGUCGUGGAAACUUUAUGCCACCGUUUCCUAAAACGUAAAAUCUACACAUAUGCAGGCAACAUCCUUAUAGCGCUCAACCCUAACAAGUUCCUGCCAGUGUACUACAACCCAAAGUACGUGAAGAUGUAUGAGAACCAGCCGCUGGGCAAGCUCAGCCCGCACAUUUUUGCCAUGGCAGACACAGCCUACAGAGCCAUGCUGAACCACAAGGUGGACCAGUGCAUGGUGAUGUCUGGCGAGAGUGGCUCUGGCAAGACUGAAAGCAGCAGCUAUCUGGUGCACUGCUUGACAGCGCUUAGCCAGCAGACAUACUGCAGUGGCAUGGAGCGUUCCAUCCUUGGUGCCAGCCCUGUACUACAGGCUUUUGGGAAUGCAAAGACCGUAGCAAACAACAACUCCAGUCGCUUCGGGAAAUUCAUCCAGCUCAACUACAUGGAGAGCGGUGUCAUCCGAGGGGCAGUUAUCAUGAAGUACCUACUUGAAAAGUGCCGGCUGGUUCACAGAGAUAAGGGUGAACGGAACUUCCAUGUCUUUUACUAUCUACUGGCGGGAGCGUCUAAUGAUGAGCGGGAGGAGUUUAGGCUGUUAGCACCACAAGAUUAUGUCUACCUCAACCAGGAAGAUCUUGGCUUGGAUGAUGAGGAGAAGCUCGUGCAGGAGUACAGGAGGCUCCAUCAAGCCAUGGAGAUGGUCGGCUUCCUGCCUUCCACCAAAAAACAAAUAUUUUUCACCCUCUCAGCCAUCUUGCUUUUGGGCAAUGUGAUCUUCACUGAAUUGGAGAACAAUGAGGUGGAGGUGGGGCCCGCUGACAUUUUGGCCACCUUGUCAGACUUACUCAAGGUCAAAAAAGAGACGCUGGUGAAGACUUUGAUUGAGAGGAGAGUCUUAUGCAGUAAUGGCACAGUGUUUUCACAGUACACGCUACAGGAGGCCGUGGCGGCACGGGACUCCAUGGCAAAGUCUUUGUACGCCACUCUGUUCGACUGGAUUGUCCUUCGUAUAAACCAUGCUAUGCUCAACAGGCGGGACAUGGAUGAGUCCGUUUUAUGUUUGUCCAUUGGGGUUCUGGAUCUGUUUGGCCUGGAGAACCUACACACAAACAGUUUUGAACAGCUGUGCAUCAACUACGGCAACGAGAAGCUUCAGUAUUACAUUAACCAGCAAAUCUUCACUCAUCAGCAAGAAGAUUAUGAGGCUGAGGGCAUCAGUUGGCAAAACUUUGAGUACAGUGACAACAGCAAAUGUAUUCAUCUUAUCAGUCAAGGCCUCUUCAACGUAUUGAAUGAGGAAAGCAAAUUACCUCAAGCGACAGAUAAAGCGUUACUGGACAAGUUAGCGCUGCGGUUCAAAGACGACUUGCUCUUUGCAGCCUCUGCUGGCCAAGAGUCAUCUUUUGUCAUUCAACACUUUGCUGGCAGUGUUGCAUAUAACAUUGAGGGCUUCUUAGCGAAAAACACAGAGCACAUGAAGCCUGAGGCUGUAUCGCUUCUCCGUGGCAGCGAGCGGGCGUUCUUGAAUCACCUGGUUGCUUCCAGUCCUGCGGCAUUGUUUCGUUGGGGUUUUCUCCGGGCCACCUUCCGCAUCUUGGCCUUAUUCAAGAGCUUGGGACGCAAGCGUUCGGAAAAUCUUGCUGCCCGUCGUGCCUCCCGCAAAUCACUCAGAGACAUGAAACAGAGUAGCAGUCACAUGGACAGACUUUCCAGCAACAGCAAUACUCUGGACUUCUCCUUCGAUCGCUCUGACGAACAUCCCCUUGACGUCUUUGAGGACAUAUUUACCAACUUUGAAAAGAGGAAGAAAACAAGAGCCGGUCGACAGAAGCAACUCAUUCCAAAAAAUCUCAUGAAUUUGCACACGCUCCAGCACGUUGUUGGUCUUGAGGUGCACGAUCACACCCAUGUAUCUACGGGUGGACCUGCAACCAUGACCAUUUGCACACAGUUUGAGGCGUCACUCAGCAAGCUUAUGGACACUGUACAGAAAGCAGAACCUUCCUUUAUUUUCUGUUUACGCUCCAAUGUGAAAAAGAGAGAAUUUUACUUUGAUGAUAAACUUGUGCGCCGGCAAAUAAGCUACAUAGACCUCCUCCGCAUGGUUGAAGUGCAGAAGUCUGGCUAUAAUGCCAAAUAUACUUUCAAGGAAUUUGUUGAAAAAUUCCGAAUGUUGCUUCCAAACGAGGCCACAGAGUCCGCCGAACACAUCACGGAAAUGUUCAUCAGGAUGGGCUUGGCUCAGAACACCUAUCAAAUCGGAAAAACCAAGGUUUUCCUUAAAGAAAAGGAGAGGCAACUGCUGCAGGACAGACUAAACAAGGAAGUGAUGCGUCACAUCAUCACACUGCAGCGCUGGUUCCGUUCGUGUCUGAUGAGGAUGCACUUCCUGCAGAAGAGAGAUGCCUCGCUCAUCAUACAGAGGAAUUGGCGUGAGUUUCAAGAGAACCGGAGCAAAGCCGCUUCGGUCAUCCAGUUGGCAUGGCGGACUUCACUGAAGAGGUCGGGGCAAGAGUACAAACCAGGCAGAAAAGUGUAUUCUAAUGAAGGUCGAUCCGCACGAAACAGCUCAUCAAGAAAAGGACUACGUCGACAACACAAAGUGGAGCUGAGCCCUAACAGAAGUCAGCAGGCCGACACCGUCAAUGGCCAGUCCGCUGUCAGCAGGGAGAGGCGAGGGGGUCGUGGUUCCCCUCCGCCCUUAAACCGACCGCUAUCCCUGCCUUUGGACUCCAGAGUGAGCGGCGACAAGGAGACCGGUGGCGCUGAUUCACCAAAGAGCUCCUCUCUUCAGCGCUACAAUGACACCGGCGACUUUAAAGAGAAGGCCGAUAGGUGGCGGGAGAGAUUAAGUGACGAGUCCAGUCCAGAAGUGAAGAGGCGGCAAGACAAACGCAAGGAUGACUUCAAGCACAAAGGGAAGUCCAUGUCAGCGGAUGAACUGUCCAAAAUCAGCACGUCUGGCUCCGACAGCUCUCCGCCUGCAAGCGAGGUCAGGGUGCGCUUGCGCAAAAAUCGCAAGCGCAAGCGGCGGUUAGCCUACGCCCGCAGUGGCUUGAUGAUUAACUUUGCCGGCUCCAAGGAGAGCGAGUACUGGAGCUUUCCGCUCCCCCCCUUCAGCCCCCGUGCGAGCACCUUGAAGACUUCAGCCAGUAGUGUGGACGUCCGAGCCCUCAAAUCUCAGGUCAAGAUCCCUGAAGAGCCAGAUGGGUCCAGAUACAGCCUUCCUGCCAGGAAUUCCAAUGAAAAUUCUGAACCACAGAGAUCUAACCAAUCACAUCUCACCACCCCAGAGAAAAUCUGGUUUCUCAGUAGAUUCUUGCGAAAACGAACACCUAAAUUACCUGCCAACAAUGAUUCUUCCUCAGAAGAUAAAGCUGUGACCUUACCGACCUACAAGACUCAGCCGUAUAAGAUGCCCGUGCAGAACUCUGGGCAGAUGGCUCGCAACCCCACCAUCAAAAUUAGCCGGGCAACGCGGGGCUUGCGUUGGAACGUCUCACUGGAGCGCGAGAUCCAAGACUCCAAAGAGCUGCGUAACCUGGACGAGUUUCUCGGCAACCAAGUGAAUGACUUACGUACACGGAUCAAAGAACUGUCACCAACAGAGAGCAUCUUCCUCACAGCCACCAUGCAGUUCCGAGAGACCAUUAAAGGCAUGUUCUCUGUCCAGAAGCCUCAGAUCGGCUACAAAGAUCUAAUGAAAGGUUACCAACACAAAGUCAACUCACUGGCUGGCCCCAAGAAUAAGAACGAGGUGUCGCUAGUAGUCAACUUGUUCCAAUCGAUGCUAGAUGGCUUCAUCAGAGGCGAGAUCAAGAGGCUGGACACUGACCCCGUCAAGGCUGCCAAGACAACAAAGAAACGAAGGAAAAAGGACAAAUGUCCUGAUGGUCCACUUGAUCACCGUUUCAGCACCUACCAAGUCAACAUCAUGCAGUCAUGUGACCUGUGUGGCUCCUACAUCUGGGGAAUGGAGAAAGCUUACAUGUGCAGCUCAUGCAAGUUGAUAUGUCACAAAAAAUGCCUGGACAAAAUCAUCACUGACUGCUCAACACGCUGUGCCCGACAGGACGACAGCGUUCCCGGCGGUCUUCACUUUGGGGUGCACGUGUGCGUACUGACUAGCAAAGCCAACCCUGUGCCUAAGGUGGUGGAGCUGCUGCUGAUGUAUGUGGAAAUGAACGGCCUCUACACCGAAGGCAUCUACCGCAAGUCAGGCUCCGCGUGCCGUGCCCGGGAACUCCAUCAAAUCAUGGAGUUGGACCCUGAGGCAGCAAAUCUGGAGAAUUACCCCAUCCACACAAUCACAGGCCUGGUGAAACGUUGGCUCAGAGAGCUGCCUGACCCGCUUAUGACCUUUUCUCUCUACAAUGAUUUUCUGCGUGCUGUGGAAUUUCCAGAGAAAGCUGAAAGAAUACGGGCGGUGUACCAAAAGGUGGAUGAACUUCCCCUUGCCAAUUACAACACACUGGAGCGACUCAUCUUCCACCUUGUCCGCGUGGCCAAGGAGGAAGAAUCCAACAAGAUGACACCAAGCUCCCUCGCAAUCGUCUUUGCCCCGUGCAUCCUGCGCUCCCCCGACUCAGACGACCCAUUCCUUGGCAUGAAGGAUGUGGCCAAGACAACCACGUGCGUGGAGAUCCUCAUCUCGGAACAGUUCAGGCGCUACAAGGAGAAACUGCAGAACAUUCAAGAGCUGGAAUACGCAGAGGCCCUGGCUGUCAAUCAACUUAAGCUGAAGAGACAAAAUACUAUUGUGGAAAAACCAUCGGCGCUGCAAGUUCCUGACCAGACAGAUUCGGAUGAGAGGACUCUUAUUGAAAGAAUCCGCUCCAUCAAACAGGAAAAGCUGGACCUGGCCUGCAGGUUACCCGAUCUGGAGCAGGAAAACUCCGACAAUGAGAUCUUGGACUCUUCAUCCUCCAUGAGCACAGAAAGUCUGGAUGAACGGCUCAACAGUCUGGACUUGGAAGGUCAGUAA